AAGUUCAUAAGGACUGGAUUGUUUACCUCUUCGCUGGCUAGCAGAUGACGUCAGGACACACCCCUAAACGUGUGCGUUGGGAUAGGCAGUGGAGUUCCUUUCGCCCAAUCCGGAUCGAGCUGUCAUCCUCGCGGUCCAAUCCGCGACGAGGGCACUGGCCGAGCUUGGCUGGGAUUGGCUCCCGACGAGAGAGGGUAUGUAGACACGCAGAGCUGCUGAGCCGAAGGGCGGGGCAUAGCCGAGUCGAUGAUGUCCACCUCUUUGGUGGUUGACGAGUAGAGAGAGAGAAGAAAAUAUUCCAUAUAUAUGUGUAUAUACACCCAUUUUGUGUGGAAUUAACGCUGAGUUUGAAGUGAAGACCAGUAUUUGGAUGGUUCGAAAGUCAACUCGGAUCUCCCCUGUAAUGGAGGCCAUGGCUGUGAGCACAUCUGCACAGUGUACGGACGAGAUUGACCGCAACGCUCCGCGAAUCUGCGGCGUUUGCGGAGACAAGGCCACUGGAUUCCACUUCAACGCCAUGACCUGCGAAGGCUGCAAGGGCUUUUUCAGGCGCAGUAUGAAGCGGAAGGCCAGUUUCACUUGUCCCUUUAACGGCAGCUGCACCAUCACCAAAGACAACCGCAGACACUGCCAAGCCUGUCGCCUGAAGCGCUGCGUCGACAUCGGCAUGAUGAAGGAGUUCAUUCUGACUGAUGAGGAGGUGCAGAGGAAGAAGGAGCUGAUCCUGAAGAGAAAGGAGGAGGAGGCAAUGCGAGAGGCGCAGAAGCCCCGGCUGACCGAGGAGCAGAGUCAGAUCAUCAACACGCUGGUGGAGGCGCAUCACAAGACCUACGACGACUCCUACUCCGACUUUGGGAAAUUCCGACCCCCAGUGAGAGAGGGUCCAGUGACGCGCAGUGCCAGUCGUGCUGCCUCUCUCCACUCACUCUCAGAUGCCUCUUCAGAUUCAUUGAACAACUCACCAGAGUCUAUGGACAAAAAGCUCAGCAGUCUCUUCUCCAUGUGUCAGGACGGCGUGAUGAGCCCGGAGUCCAGGGAUAACCCCCGCCUCUCCAUGCUGCCCCACCUGGCCGACCUCGUCAGCUACAGCAUCCAGAAAGUGAUCGGCUUUGCCAAGAUGAUCCCCGGCUUCAGGGAUCUGACUGCAGAAGAUCAGAUCGCUCUGCUGAAGUCCAGCGCUAUCGAGAUCAUCAUGUUGCGCUCCAACCAGUCCUUCAGUCUGGAAGACAUGAGCUGGAGCUGUGGAGGACCCGACUUUAAAUACUGCGUCAACGACGUCACCAAGGCUGGUCACACUCUGGAGCUGCUGGAGCCACUGGUGAAGUUUCAGGUGGGGAUGAAAAAACUCAACAUGCAUGAAGAGGAACACGUGCUGCUCAUGGCCAUCUGUCUUCUCUCUCCAGAUCGUCCCGGCGUGCAGGACCACGUUCGGAUCGAGGCGUUGCAGGAGCGUUUGUGCGAGACGCUGCAGGCGUAUAUCCGUGUGCACCACCCAGGCGGCCGGCUUCUCUACGCCAAGAUGAUCCAGAAGCUGGCUGACCUGCGCAGCCUGAACGAGGAGCACUCCAAGCAGUACCGCUCGCUGUCCUUCCAGCCCGAGCACAGCAUGCAGCUCACACCACUUGUGCUUGAGGUGUUCGGCAGCGAGGUGUCGUAGUGGCCAGGACGGUGUCUCCCACGGUGCCAGUCCAGCGCAGGGGCAUGAGGGAGGCGGGAGGGGAGGGGGGGGGCAAGAGGUGUGCGGCACGGGGCAGAGGUGGGCCAGAGGACUUCUGGAGGAGUCCUCUUACAGCAGACUGUAUGUGUGUGUGUCUGUGUGUGUCUGUGUUUGAGAGUGAGUACGAAAGUGAAAGUGUGUAUGUGUGUGUCUCCAGGGCAGGAGAGUGCCGGGGGAUGUCUGGUAUCCCGUUUCGGGGAAUUUGUAGAGGUGUUUUGUGCUUGUGUGUGUGUGGGUGGGUGUGUGUGUGUGUUAGUGUGAGGGGAGGGAGGGUCACAUGUAUAAGUCCAGAGAAGGGCUAUGGGUUUUGGAAGCUAAAGGGGAAUAUUAAGAAUGUACUUAUGCAUAUAUGAAAAGAAAUAUAAAUAUAAGCUAAUAACUAUAUUUAAGAGAGAUGCUUUCUACUAAAUUGAAGCGUAUGGCUGAGCGUUGUAAAAUAGGAUUAGCAGGCCUCUUUGGUUUGAGUGUGUGCGCGUGCUUGUGCGGAGAGAUGUGUUUUGUUGUGUAUAUGAAAGAAACGGACACUAACAAGCAGCAGGCACAUACACUGAAGUGAAUGUUUGUAUAGAUAGGAUAUUUAAUCACCACAAGAGAGCGAGCCCUCAUUUGUAGAUGAGACACUUUUUAAGGGUGUUUUAAAAGGUCGUCGUUUUUUUAAUAAACGACACACGUUAUUUUAUAUCUUAUUUAAAGAUCGUGUUGAAAAACUAGCAUAGAUUUGGAGCAUUGCCCUGAUGUGCCUUUGUUUCUUUGUUUAAGCUCCGCCCCACCCCUACCCAAGCCCCAGUAAACAAGCUCCGCCCCAAGCCAGUCAGAGCUGCUUGAACGAACCUCAUGGAAUGGUUCGAGAGACACGGUUUGAUUGCGUAUGUUGAUGUAUUUCCUUUUAGAACCCGAAAGUCAGGGUGACGGUGUUCGAGAUACGCACAUACUAAAUCUAUAGAAACUUUAUGGUAUCUUGACGAAAUAGCUGAAUAUGGAGAAGUUUGCCAGAGCUUUGUUUUAUGGUGCGUUCAAGUCCUCCUGGGAAGUUCGUGGUUACGAGGUGGAAAGUCGUAAUUACGACGUCAGGCGUGUUCGAGUCACAUUUUCUAGAAAAUGAAGAACAAAGAAUGCGCAUCAGGUGUGUUUUUUUUAAUCAAUUUACGAAGCCACUGUAAACGUUAACCUAACAUAUUAUAUCGAAAUUGUACAACGUUGUCGUAUUUUGUGCAGGAAAUUAGCUUGCUUUAUUGUAAAUGAAAAAAAGCCCGAUAAAGACAUGUUAAGAAAUUUGCUUGUAUUUCAAUAACUUGCUGCAUAUACUAAUUACAUAAUAACUGAAAUCACCUUCUGAGACACGUAAACAUUGAAUUUCAGCUCGUAAUUACGACUUUGUGAUGGCGUUCAUGCGCGUUCGACUCGUAAAUACGAUCUUUCCACUAAACUGCACCACUAAACUCUGGAGGACAGAGUUCUCACCGCGUACGGGUUUGCCAGCUGUCCCAACUUCCCGUUCAACUUCCGCCACAAAUUCCACCUUCUUCGAAUUGAAUAAACUCAUAAACUCCGACCACUUCUCUCUUUUUUUUUCUUUUUUUUUCCUUUUUUUUUUGGUUUGAAAAGGGAAUGGUGUUUGCAAUGACACAAAGCCAAAAACACAAGCCAGGUUUGCUGCUAAAGAGCUGCUACUGUAGAGAAAGACAUGCCUCCUCGUCCCCCAGGGGCGGGACAUGUACAUUCUAGAGAACAUUUCAUUGGUAGAUUAGUACAGGAUGAGUCAUCAAAAAUUUGUAAUCAUUUUCCAAGAACUGAAAAUGAGAAUAUCUCUGAAACUAUUUUUUGCCUUUUUUUUUUUUUGUACUGGUGUCCAUAACAAUACGGUACCAGUACAAAAAAACGCUGAAACACCUCAUUUGAAUUCAGGAGCACUUUAAAGGCAAGGUACAAGACAUAUGCAGUUAAAACAGAUGCACUUGGGAGUCUUGGUUGUGGUUUUUAUUUAUGUUUUUUUGUUUAUUAUUCUAAUUGUAAUUCACCUGACAAGCAGCAGGGGGCUCUAAAAAUGACAAUCUGCUCCUUUAACUAAGUAUAUUCUGUUACUUAAUACCGAACCUGUGUAUUUUAUUUAAUUUUUCGUAUUACAGGUUUCCCAUUAAAUGCUACAAGCAGCAGUCCAAUGCCCCGCCAGUUCCCCAUCAUUUCGCCAGUACACACCUGUACGUUUCAGAUUGGGCGCUCCUCACCUCAGAAUGUUUUGAUCGGGGUUAAUCGUUUUGUUUUUAGGACCGUUUUAGGUAGUUUACAUUUUAGAAGACGUAUCACGCCGCGUCAGUUUACGGCUUUUGUGCCGCUCUCUUGUGGUCGUACGUUGUAAAUACCACUUUUAUUAUUCCUGUACAUAUUAAGUCUAAUGAAAACAAGCAUAGGCAAGUACUAAGAUGAUUCAUUAGUUUAAAAAAAAGAAAAGAAAAGAUGCUUGGGAGAAAUAUGCAAAUAUAAUAUUUUUGCUCUCUUUUUUUGUUUUGUUUUGCUUUGGAGGUUUUUUUUUUCUCUGAGGUGACAAUAAGCUUUGACGACUUUAUCUAUUCAUGAUUGUUAGAUGCGAAUUCAUCAUUUGCUCUUACUUUAAUCGUUACGAUCUUAUUAUGAUUAUUAUGAGAUUUUUUUUCUGUCUUUCUUUCUUUUUUCCUGGUUUUUUUUUUUUUUUUUUUUUGCAAACCAACAAGACAUCUCAUACCAUACUCUUGCUGCUGCACAAAGCCUUGCUAGAACUCUCAGAUUUUUGGAGAAGAGACAGAAUCAUCACUUCUGUCCUCACCACAAAUGCUGCCUGAAACCAAUCAAUCAACAGGGACAUGAACUGACCCUGGAGCCCCUUGUGUAUAUCUACAGAAAAUACACCGGUUACACCCGCACGCCUCCUCUUACGCCUACACUUCUGCCGUAAUAGCGUUGUGGAAGACUCUUCGAAGCUUUAACUGCUCUGUGGAAUUAAAUGGAAAAACAGGAGGAAUGAUGGUGUCUGGCUGCUACAGGAUGGAGCUGUGAUGAUUUUUGUUGCUGUUGUUGUUGUUGUUGUUGUUUUGUUUUGUUUUCCCAGCUCCUCUGUCCGGAAAUUUUUCGUGUUAAAACUGCUUCAUGAGAACAAAAAGCCAGACUGGAAUGUUCUUCGUGAGGUACAAAAUAGGAGCUUUCUGAGCGAUGGACACAACUGACUCUCGACUGGGACAGCGGGACAGGACAUCAGUGCCAUCUAGUGGACUGGAUGAAUCUCUGCAUACCCGUGUACAUUCUACUAUGUGUAAAUUAAGCUUCGACCCGGAUUCUUUCUAAUGACUUUCUAAGGAGCAUGUGCUUUGUCGUCCAGCGCUGUGAAAGGACACACGCGGAAAUGGCUGCUGUUUCUACGUACAAACCUGUUUCACCUGUUUUCAGACACAGUGUUGUCGCCUCCGUAGCCUUACAGAACUCACAAAAACCGCCAGGAUAACUCAAGAGAAACUCAACAAGGGAAACGAGGCAGUCAUACACACACACACACACAUAUACAAACACAUACACACAUUUUUUUAGGACUACGUCCACCAUGGUUUCAGCAGGGAAGAGUUCAGCGUUAUGGGCAGUCUAUUGCCUUAGCUAAGCUCAAUAAGGCUGCUUUCACACUUUGCGUCUAUUUUUUUUUCCCUUCUUCCCCCAACCACAAAAAGUGCUCCGUUACCGUUUCUAUAAUAAUGGCUAAUUCACAGGGACUUGUAUGGUGAACACGCCACAUAACCUAAACUUAAUAAUCAACAAAUUGCAACCAUUUAUGGAAGGAGUCUCCAGUGCAAGCAUUUUGUAACAGUCAGAGGAAAAGCUGUAGCUUUCUAGCAUCUUCAGUAUGGCGGACAUCCGGUUUCUCGCUAAUAUGACAAAGCUGCAGGGUUUUUCAUUUGUUUGUUUGUUUAUUAUGUAAAAGAACCCGUAUAACAAGGCCAAGCGAUUAUAGCGGUUAUAACAGAAGGAAAUAACUUGUCUCGUGGACUUCGCACAACAUUAAAUGGACCUAUAAAUAAGUGGUCACCAACCCACCUUCCUUCUGUGAGAACUACCUUCCAGCAGGUUCCAUCUCCAACCAAAAUCAAGUGCAUCUGUUUUAGUUGAUCUUCGAUGGUCAGGUGGGCGCAAUUAUGGUUGGCGGAUCUCGAGGAACGGGGUCUUCAGAUCUCGAGGAACGGGGUUGGUGACCAUUGUGGUAAACGGAUAAGAAAGGCAUAAAAUUGUAAUCACUGGCGAAUCGCUAUUAGUAUAAGAGGAAAGAAACGCUUCGAGAUGUGCUGUUCUAGGAAAACGAAUGAAAAUCAACCGCAACUUGACCGACGCGGAUUAUUUUUCUUAUAAUAAUUUGCCUCACAUGUUAUAUUCCUUACCUAACUUUGGAAUAUUGCCAAUGAAAUAUUUUCAAGUCAGCAGGUCUUUCUUUAACUCUCCUUAUAUUCGCUCACUAACCAGAAUCAUUUUUCACCAGCACUCUCUUGCAACCUGAUUGGUCAGGAGAUUUAAAGAAAGCACUUGAUGUCAAGGAAUGUCAAAGCACUUGACAUCAAGGGGGGAAAAAAAAAAAGCUUAGUGUGAAAGCACCCUAAGAAAGAAUCCCAAAUGUAUCUGGCACACGAGGGUUUACCACCCCCCCUGCUUCUUUCUCAACAGUGUAAUCAAUGAUUUCGGUUGACGUUUUGUUGAAUCAAAGUAUUCCGAAGGCCCUGUUUUCAGUGUUCCCUCCACCGCAAGCUGUCUAUCAUACGUAGAACACCUGAAUGUUGUGCAAAAGUGGGCGAUCAGGCAAGUUAAGACAGCAGAUGUGCAGACUUCUUGUCCUGUUUGGCGUUCCAUGUGUUUGAGAAAUUCUGGGACGCCACAGAGACCUCAUUUGCUCUGGGCAGAUUGAUACUAUAAAAAAAACAAAGUGUUCGUGUUUCAAAAUCACCGGCCAUCACAGUUUGGCUGCAGUCGUUAACGGUGAUGCACCUGAAAUGAAAACACGAAAGCAAUGUGUGUGUCAGCGUUUAGAACCGAAGGUGACCUUUUUUUUUUGUACGUUAUUCCUUCCUGAAUCGUCAUAAGCUAGUGGAAGGGGUUAUCGUUCAUUACUGAAUUACUGGCUUCUGUGUUCAUAUGCUAACAAGUCUGGUUAUUAUAUUAUAUGAGUAUAUGGGUGGGGCUAGGAAGAGGAAAGCUUAAUUAAUAGGACGGGUCGGCUUUGGGAGUUAGGGAUAGGAUUAUUUUGCUGGAUCAUACAGGAGAACAAGCCAGUCUAGCCCCACCAUUGUAUUAGCAAGAUCAGGCUCAGAGUUCUAAUGAGGGUUCUAGUUAUAAUGAGUAAUCUGGAAGGAAAUCUGCUUGAGUUGUGUGUAGUGUUUCGGACUACAGGAGAGAGCAGAGGACUCUGAAAGCUGAUUGUUUAAGGAGAUACGCCGAUAGGUGCCGUUUUUAACCAAAAUGAUCUACCUCUCCCAUCCGCACAUGUAUUCAGUACACGAUUGUGUUUCAUUCAUCGUUUUGUUUUUUUUUACUUUUUUUUAUUUAAAAGAAAUCAAACACACACACACACACACACACACACUAAUCUCUUUCUUAUUUAUUCCUCUCCAACUGAAAUGCUGGACUGUUUACCUCAAGGUUAAAGAGGUGCUCCAACUCUUGCCAGUUUCCUUAAAACCUGUUUCCUUUACAUUCUGUGUGUAGCGUGGCAAUGCAAAAACAGUGUUUCAGUUUCCGCUGGGCGCAGUGCGAAUUUCAUUUUGCUACUCGCAGUCAGUAUUAGCUUUCUCUGGUGCCGCCUGGCCCGAAGCAUUGACAACCAAACCGACUAUGCUAAUUGUGCUAGCUAGACUAUUUGCACGUUUCUGCGAUCGUGAAGGACACACAGCGUGUCCUUUUUCGCUGGAUGAUGCGUUACGCUCAGUGUCUGUGGUGAUCCUGCUUUGCAGCCUCUGGUGAACUGUUUAUUUCAAGCUCUGAAGGGUGUAAAGCGCUCGCUUGACUCGGGGUCGCUACGUUGCCGCUCCGUCUGUCUGUUUCUCUCUAAUCACACAUUCUGUCGUAUAACCCUACGUUCGUACUAGCACGUGGCAGGCGACUAUCCGUCGUCUUUCCGCGACUUUAGCAACAGGGUGUCAGCAAGACGUUUAAAUCGAGAUGUUCCCAAUUCUAUGCAAAUUAGAAAUCGCGGUGUAGUGGCAAAUCCAAACGCCUGGCUCUAGCAGUUAAUGAAUGAAUUUACCGCAAUUUAUUAACGCUUUCGUCUUAUCUGGGUCUUAUACGAACACUUGUUAAAUGCAUAUAGAGGCAUUAUGGAGAAAAGGAUGGAAGUAAUAGAGGUCGUUGGUGUCUCUGGGGAGUGAACGUAGCUAGGACGGUCAGCUUGCACUGCUAAUCUGCCAGUGAAGCUAGAACAAGACCUAGCACGUAACAUUUCAAUUAAAACAACCAAUUUUCACACUGAUUAGUGCGUUAUUUCAUUCGUGUUCUAUUUCUCAUCGGAUCACAGGACAGCCCGACUUGUCGCCUGCUAGUGUGUGUACGUAGGGUAAGACAGAUAUCGCCUUGCGUUCAGUUAUGCAGUUACGCAGAAAAACAAGGAAACGUUUCAAGCCUCAUGUCUACCAAACUCACUCUGAUUGUAUUUAUCGUUCACUCACACCUUGACGGAUUCAUUCAGUCGUCAUGGCGUUGCUGCUCUCCUUUUCCGGAGGCUUCCUUUGCUGGUUCAAUCCUCCUGUGCUACCUCCGUACAAUGUUGGUUUUCACACACACACACAUACACAACACACACACAUCACGUAUCAGCAGUCUUGCCUGUACAGCUCUCUCUCCUCUUUAUCUGUCUUUGGAAUUGUGUUGUUAUGAUUGUUUAUAAUAUUUUGUUAAAAAUCUAAUCUGCAUCUGAUCUUUUUUCUUUUUUUUCUUGUUUUUUUUUUUUUUUGAGACAUCUACAUGCUAGCUCAGUUAACAGUACCUCUGUGUGCCUGAAACCCAAAGCCUUAUUUGGGGAGAGUGUCAGGGUUAAAGUGGUGAGUUCUAACGCAAGAAGAAGUGCAGGACAGGUCCAAAUGGUUCUGCCAAACAACAUUUACAUAUAAACCUGCACUCCACAGCAAGACUGAACCACUGAAUUUAGCGUUGGGGAAUUGCUACCCAACCGAUUGUUCUAGAACGAGAGUAAACGCUUUUGUUGCGGGUUCUAGAACCGGGGACUACAAAAGGCUGAGAGUUUUAUAGCUCUGUAAGCCUGGUUGAGUCUAGAUUAUGGUUGUAUAUAGUCUAGGGAUGCAUCGAUACCAGUAGUUAUCUGAUAGUCAUACUUUUUCUCAUAAAAUUUGCUCUCAUGCCAAUAUCUGAUACCAGAUGAUGCACUGAGAUGUAAGCCUGGUGCACGUCAACGAACAGAUUGCACGAACUGACAGUGUAGAUUUCACGAGCGUUUCACAACGCCAGAUGAGCAAAAAGAACAGCUUGUACCCGGUAUGCUGUUCUUGACGAUCAGCCACUAUUUGUCCUUGACAACGAGGCCUUCCAAACAAAACCCGCUCUCCACUGCAACCCUACUCGAUCCAAGCUUACCAUGUACCCUGGUCGUCCAAGUGCAUGAACAUGGCCAAGCCAUGGAAACAUAAACGUAAAUUGUUCCACAAUUGAUUAACACGAAGGCAGGUUACUCAUUUUGCAAUCGAUAUCGAUAAGUAACAAAAAAACAAAACUGGUCUGGAAAUCAAAACAGUGGUAUCGAUGCAUCCGUAAUAUAGUCUGAAGGAAGUCCAAAGCCAAACUCGGGAGGGAAAGCUCACGAAGGAAAGCUGCAGAUCCACGCACUCGUCUCAGACAGACAUGUGGAAAGACAAAGUCCUGGAGUCAGCUGCCUUACUUUUGGUCUUAACAUUUUAAUCUUAUUUUCCUCGAAGCUGUGUGCAUUAGGUCUGUCUGAUACAUGACUGACAUACAUACAUACAUACAUACAUACAUACACAUACAUAUACAAGACAUACAUACACUGUAUACUGUACAGCUGCAUGUGCAUUCUCUCAGGUACAAAGCUGAGCAUGGUGUUUUAUUAUCAUUUUGAAGCAGAAUAGUCAAAAAUAUCUAGAAAAUGUUAAAGGAAAAUGUUUCUUACUAUGUCAUAUUCAUGCUGCCAAUAAGAAAUACCAUGCAUUCAUCUAGUGAAGGUCAGAUAUGCAAUAUGUAAGACUUACUGCGCAUUGAUUUAAUCGUGAAAUUUAUGACUCAGGCUUUAAAAAAAGAAUACAUACAAAGACAGAAACAAACCAUAUAUAUAUUUGUAUCACUGUUGUAUCAUUUUCAGAAUGUGGUCAUGUGUACAAUGUGGAUAAUGAAAUUGCAAAUCAGUACGAGUUUUGUGCUGAGCCUGACCCAGUUCUGUCUGAGACCGAUCCGCUGGAGAUACAGGUGCACUCUGAAUGGUCAGGUUUUCCCCUGAACUUUUUCACAUCAGCAUAUGUACUGAACACAUACGUACAAUAAAAUACCGUCUACUGCCAUACUUAUCCGUCCAGGUUUGGAUUAAUCUCCUAGCAUUCAGAAUUCAAGGAAACUUGACAGUUGUUUUUAUCGGGCUCAAGAUCCCAGAUCAUACACGUUCAGAAGAAAGGGUUCUAAACUGUACGUUUACUUGUCACUCUUAAGGAUAUAUCUUUUGUACCAUUUAGUAUGUAUUUUUUACAAUAAAGAUUCAUUUUCAUGUGCAGCUUUGAAGUAUUACUCAAAACGCUAGGUACAGGAUUGGUCCUUGAGGUUCAAUUAUGUGAAACUACAUCAACAGUACCAUGUCUUGUUAAAGAUGCACAAGAUGUAUACUUGCUUGUCAGUGGAGUGGUACUGUCGAGGUACAGUUUAGUACCCUUUAUUUUUCUGAGCGUAUGUAACCAGCAAUUCAAAGUUAACCGUUUUGUGGAUUUCCUGAUUACUCAGAGGAGGGAAAGCCUGACCGUUAAGUUCCACCUGGACCAGUUGUGGGUGAUGUGGAUUUUAGUGGACCAUUCCUUAGCUUUCCUAAAUACAACUUCAUGAACACUUUGGAAUUGCGUGGUUUCUCCAGGAAUGGAUCUUAAAAUGUCUGGUUAACAAAUUCUGAAAUAAUCAAGGUCAUUGAUGGAAAAAAAAAUGUAUGUGAACCAUAAUGAAGAUGACAAAAGCAUAACUGGAAGAAGGUUCUCCAUGCAAGUGAGCAAGUGCUCCUGGAUCUCAUGAGAAUUCUGAAAGGAUUUCAGCUUCCAUCAUCCCACAGUAGUUGCUCUGGCAAUGAGUGGGUGUCCUACAAAUAUCUCGAGACUCCUCAAACAAGUCAUGAGGAACCCUCAAGAAGAACGGAAGUGUUCGCUGGAGGUUAAGAAACCACGUCGCGCCUUAAAAAUGCUAAUGCUGAGCGGUCCAGGUUUGGUUCGGACAAGUGACCACAACUGCCAGAAAGUCAAUGGUGUGAUUUCGAGAGAGGUGUGUAACGCACAACUGCACGGUUGUAACCCACAGAUGCCUGGGUUUUGUCGAGCCUAACUUGCAAGUGACGUUGGAUAAAAGCGUCGACCAGAUGAAUCAAGGAAUCAUGUUCUCAGAAAGUUCUACAGCAAAACAUCAAGAUGUCUGAGGAAGAUCUAGAACUCAGACUUAACAUCCCAAGAUACCUCAGAAACAGUGCAAGAUUGAUAAGGCACUACAAAAAGCAUCUGGUUGAAGAGGUUCCUCAAAUCUUUAAAUACAAGGAUUCACAUGUAUCACCAUCAGUGACCUUUAUUAUUUUUUCUCUUUUUUUAAAACAACUUAUCUAAAUAUAUGCACUUUAUUGAUUUCCUCCUAUGAAGAGAGGAAGAUUCUGAACCAGAUUUUAGGAUCUGUUUGUGCAGAAAUCCCGAUCAUUGCAGAGGGUUCAUGACUGUUUUUUUUUGUUUUUUUUUUCUUUUUCCUGAUGCCUGUACAGCUAACUCACAUACAUGCAAACAUUGUAAUCUCAUCUUGUGUAUUUCUACAAUCCCAAGCUACUCGAUAUUAAGCUAAAACACUCGCAUAGAGCUUGUGUCAAAUACCAUGCAGACUCAAACGGCUAGGCUUAACGUUGUAAAGGUAUUCAUGCUCGAAUCAACUAUUAUUGCCAUAUUGCCGUAGAUUCUGUCCUCGUCCAUUUUGUGUUGAUGACUCUCUUACCUUGCUGAAAGUCGUUCCAUUACACCUUUAUUUUGUGCUUUGUAUGUAGUAAAAUAAAUGUUUUGAGAAAAUAAACAGCUGUAAAUAGUGA